AUGGCAUCUAAUAAGACUGCACCAAAGAAAAAGGACCCCAAUGCAACAAAGGAGGUACAUGGUAGAACAACUGCAAAGAGUCUAUGCACUAUUGAUUGGGUCACCUCCAACACAGGCGGAAUAAAUGCAGUGUUUGAGAAUUAUUGGCAAGAGCUUGCACUGUUCCAUUGCCUAGUAUCACUGGCAGCAAGAUUGAUGGCGGGGUUUCAAUCACUUGCAAUGCACAUCCAACCAUUCUUGAGUGUUCUCCUCCCUCCUUCUACCUGUGUACAUAACUUUGUACCUGUCGACAAAAUGGGCCCUGAGAGGUCAAAAUAUUGUGACUUGUGUAAACAAGACAUCAAGCCACAUGGUUACACCACUCACCACAAGGUUUGUGAGAAGAAAGCCGAGAAACAAUGGCAAAAUCAACAUUUCAUGGAUUCCAUUCAAAGAAACACUACAACAGUAUCAGGACAGAGAGGACAACAUGUCUCACCAGGCACUUGGAAUGAUUUAGACGACGUGGAGCUCAAUGAACCUACCUCAUUUCUUGAUGUCGACAUCCCUGAACAUGCAGACCCAAUGUUCCAGGUCGAUGACAUCAAGUGUGAAUAUCAUCCCAGCAGCAGGAAGUACAUGCUUUCAACAAUUUCAGAUGCCUUCUGUAACUGGUGCGCUUCCUGGGAGGAAAAAUUCACGUUUCAGAACCACAAAGACAUCCGCAACAAAUGGGAUGCUGUCUCCAAUCGCGUCACUGGGUUUACUCAGGACAUAAUUUCUGUACCAUACAAUGAUACAAUCCAACAAUUCGAUUUAUACUAUCGGGAUCUCUGGGAGUGGACAGCCGAUCUCCUUCGCGAUCCUCGACUGUUCCCACAUAUGGUUUUUGAUGUGCAGCGCUUCUCAAAGUUCAAUAGCAAGACUUUUGUACAUUUUACAGAUGAACCUUUCACUGCCAACACCUUUUGGAAUGUUCAAUCUCAGCUACCACUGGGUGGCAAGCCCUUAGCUUUCAUUGUUACUGCAAGAGGAUAUCCUGUUGUUGCGUGUCUAGCAAACCUACCUACAGACAUUUGUAAUGGACAGGGUGUAGGCAGCGGUGAAGGAAGACAGAGACCAUGCCGGCAAGCCAAGCUGGGCCAACUUCAAGAAUGCUGUUUGGCACUAGUCAUUCUUAAAGAUCCUCUCUCCGCUAGCAUCAAAAUCUCACAUGGGACAAUGUCCCAGGAAGUCUUAAAGGCUGCACAAGCCAAGGAAACUGCCAAGGAGAAGGAGGAAAAACUAAAAGAGUAUGGCCUUCAUGAUAUCACAAAUGCCUUUGCGACUGUGAUGUACACUGAUAUACAUGAUGUGUUGUUGUGGGAUCGACUCCACUUCAAUGGUGGUCUAUAUCAUGACCAUCUCUGGGCUGAACUACAAAAAAUCAUUGUCGGUUUGGGACGAGCAAAAGUAGCACAAAUGAACAAAAAUUAUGAAGCCUUUCCAUGCUGGCAGAACUUGAAGCACCUAGCUCAGGUUAUGAACCUUUCCUUCACUGAUAGCAGUGUGUAUGAGGACAUAUCCAAGAUGGUGAUCCACGCUUCACACACGAUUUUGACAGAGGAUGACUGUCUGCUUGGCUACCUCCUACUCCAUUGCAUCUGCCUCUUUCUCAAACUCGAUGCAUAUGCAGCACUUGGAGUUCACACAACUGAGAUCAUCAGUGCCGGCCGGCAUGCAAUACAAGCUUUCUCGACCUAUCUACAUGUGGAAAGCGGGUCCGAUUCCAAGCAAGUGAUAAGGUCAACUAUGAGUCCAUGGUGGAUUGGUGACAACACACAGACUAUCUUUGAUGCAAUCCCAAGUUCUAUGAUGACAGACAAGCUCUCAUUCAUCCGUUUGAUGCUCCCACUGGCAUCCGGCUCCAAAAAGACAAACACCUCAACUACUAUUGUGUUCGAGCAAGACCCCGCGCACAAGCUGAGUUUUUUUCAGAACUACAUCUUAAGGCAGGACAUCCAAUACAUGUUUGAUAGCAUACCUUCAAGUUGUCUUCCUCCCCCUUUGCCUGGUCCUCCUAGUGCUGAUGUAUACCCAAUGGAAAUUCUGCAGUAUUGCAAUCAUGAUGGUUUAUGGAAGACUCUAGAAUGGCCAGCAACUGCGAAAUGGUUCAUGGAACAGACCUUCCAUGAACUGAAGGGUCUAUCGUCCUGCUGCAAGUCAAUCAGCAUUGUCUGUAGUGAGGGUAUAGAUUAUGUUCUUUUGGCACAUGAGGUAUUAGGCAGCAUUAAUAUCUCAUCUUAUAUAGUGCUGAUAUCAGGCGAUGAUUCAGAUGAUGCCUGGGACGAGGGCAAUGACAUUGAUCUGAUUGCUAUCAUCCCAGGGCCCAAUGCCUCCAAGGGAGAACUCAUGGACGCACUCAAAGCACUACAGCUUGAACUUCAAUAUGACAUGACAGUGGAGAUGUUUCCGGACAGCGAACUUCUCAUGAAGAAGUGCCCAGAUUCACCUACACCUUUUGAUAGCAUUGAUUGUUACAAGACCCUGGCAACUCAAGAGUCUGCCUUCUUAGAUGAACUCUACAUCCAUUUCUCUGGACGUAACCACAAAGCAGUAAUGGGAAGUAUAUACUUCAAAGACCUGGUCAAUAAGUGCAUCACUAAUGCUCAUUCUAAUGAGAUCAGAAAACUGCAUGGCAUUGCUGGAGAUAUAUUUGACCUUCUGGGAAAGUACUUUGCAAAUGCCAAUUAUGACAGAGCCGGCAUCGUUGACAUUCAGAAGAUGCUCAGAGUCUCUGGCAAGACUCAGCCCUACAAGAUCUUUCUGCCUCUCUUGUUCCCAAAUUCUGAGGGCCUCACUCCAUGGCUAUAUUUAUGCUCUCACUGGACACGGAGUUUCCAGGUUCGCAAGUUGGAAAAUCAUUUAACUCUCAACUACAAGAACCUCUUCUUUCAAUACAAGAAGUUACUAAUUAUGAAGCGGGACACAACAUGGAUCAAGACUAUUAUAGCCAAUAUCAACAACUAUGUUUUUGGUGGUGCAAAGUCAUCAUCCACCUUGGAUCCUGCCAGCACAGAAGAUUUUUUCGAGGAGAUUAACCGCACCAUGUUGGCGCUUGACAUAGAGACUGAUAGCAAAGAAGAUGCUCCACCAAUCUUGUCGGCACCCUCAGCAGCACCAGUCUUAUCAGUGCCCAAAGGUCCAUAUCCCAUCAACCAGCCUACAGAUUUAGAAGAAUCAGCAUCUCAUUGCGCUGCUGUUCAUGCCAACAAUUUAUUGGAGACAAGUGUUGAGGCAGUACCCGAUGAUGCAGACAAAACUAACAUAGUGUCAGGACGAGGAAAGUCCAAGACUAACAGGGGGAAGAAGGUUGCAACUCAGCAGGAAUCUUGUGAAUAUCUGUCCAGUGCAUUGGAGAAGCUCAUGGGCGCUCCAUUCAUGAUUAUGGGUAUAUCCAUUGAUUAUAACCACGCUCUUGCUCGUCAUCAAACUGUUGCCCUCCUCCCAACUCUCGAAUCUGUCCUCUACGGUGCAAACAUAAGCGAUAUCCUCACUCACUACACACACCCAGUCCUCAAUAUCAUUGCUUGGCUCCCAUAUGGUGUUAUCCACUACACAUUCCCCCUUGUCUUCGCUGCUCUCCUCUGA